AUGCUAUUUGGAAAUAAAGGGAAAGUAAGUGCUAAGUAUGUGGGGCCAUAUGAGAUUCUUCAACGUGUGGGAAACGUGGCUUAUAAGUUGGCUUUGCCAAUGGAGUUCGAGAAAAUGCAUGACGUGUUCUACAUUUCCCAAUUGAAGAAGUAUGUGCCUAGUGAAACCCAUGUGUUGCAACCAGAAACAAUCCAAGUGGAUGAGUCUUUGACAUAUGAAGAAAGACCAGUGAAAAUCUUAGAUCACAAGGUGCGAAGUACUAGGAACAAGGAUGUGAAGAUAGUGAAGGUCCUUUGGUCUAACCAUGAGUACGAAGAGGCUACUUGGGAGGCCGAAGAAGAGAUGAGAAAUAAAUACCCCGAGUUAUUUGAUGAGGUGAGUUACGGGGGCGUAACUCUUUUCUUUUAA